AUGAGAUCUCAUGUUUUACAAGCCUUCAAAGCGAUAUUUACAUCUCCUUCUUCUGCAAAGGAGGUAUCCGGCGAUGGUGAUGGGGCCAACGUCAUUGAAAAUAACAGACGCGCAAAGAAGGAUUUUUCUGGCAAGAAAGUAAAAACACAUGUGGCCCAAAUCAUCAAGAUGCAGAAAGUCUCACCUUGUUCCAUUGCAUAUGUAGCAUGUCAGUUACAAUUCUCACUUUUGUCUGUGAACUCAUGGCACUCAGUUGACGGUGACUUCGACUAUGUACAGUUCUGGUGUAAUAUUGUGGAUUUCUUUGAAAAGGCCCCUGGCUGA